CUGGCUCUAGCUAGCUCUGUAUGUUGUGUGAAAGUUUUAAUAGUGGCUCUCCUCUCUCGUCUCUCUUCUUGAGGUGUGUCGGUUGUUGUUGAAGUGGGAGGGGCUGGUGUCUGCAAGAAGUGCUGACCUAGCAGCUAGCUAGCUGGCAAAAGUUACAAAACCUACUUUGGGUGUUCUUGAUCUUCUGGUCCUGUUCUUGUGUACCAAUUACCCCUGGAAAAUGGCUGAGCUGAGUGGUUACGAUGCAGAGUUCGUGGAACCUCCUAGAGAGCUUCAAUCCGAUUGCUCGAUUUGUCUCAGCAUACUACGAGAUCCCUUCAUUGUUCACUGCUGUGGGAACAGCUUCUGCUACCUCUGUAUAAAGCCAAUAGUGGAUACUCCAAAGUCUCAAUGUCCUCUUUGUAAAGGUAUUCCAAAACCUCUAGCCGAGGACAAACGAUUGAAACGCGAUCUAUUUCAGAAGAAGGUGUACUGCUCGAAUAAGAAGUUUGGCUGUGAAUGGACGGGACUGUUGGCUGACUACGAUGAUCAUCUUAAUAUCGAUCCUAAGCCUCCAAAGAACCGCCUCGAAGGAUGCUUAUAUGUACCGAUAAAAUGUCUCUAUUGCGAUAAUUCACAUUCCAGGGGUGAAAUUGAUGAUCACGAGGAAACAUGUCCACAAAAGCCGUACAUGUGCGAGUUUUGUAAUAAUUUCACCGGAACCAAGUAUAUUCUAAGUAAUCAACACUAUGGUGUAUGUGAAAAGCAUCCGGUUGAUUGCAGUAACGAUUGUGGCGAAAGGUUUCCAAGAUUUAAGCUUAACUCUCAUCUUGUCAACGACUGUUCCUUAACGACGGUAAAUUGUGAUUAUCACUACGCCGGUUGUGAUGCAUGGUUGAUGCGACGAGACCUAGAAGAUCACCUGAUACGAAAUGCUAAGAAACAUGCUUCUCUUUUAGACACCGAAAACAAGGCCCUAAUGUGCGAUAUACAAAAGCUCGAAAUCCAGCUUGGAGACGUAGUAGUUGAUUGCACUAAUGCUAUGGAAGAUAACGAAAGGCUUGCUAACGAGAAUAACGAAUUAAUGAAGAAAGCAAUAGCUGACGAAUCAGAGUUAACCUCACUCUUUGAAGAGUUGACGUGGAGAGAAACCGAGGUUAAGAAAGUUGCCAAAUAUUCGGUCGAUCUUAUGAAAGCUAACGCUGUACGCAAGGAAAAGGAUCAACAACUGACUACUCUACGCACUGAUAAUAAGAAACAACUGGAGAGGAUUGCCGUACUUGAGAGAAUUCUUGACGAAGCAGUAAUGGAUAAAACGAAGAAGCAAUCACUUCUCGAAGAUUUAGAUCGAAAGAGCACCACUUUACAGAGCGAGUUGACUGAAUAUCGCCAGAAGCUUGAAGAUACGGCCAAAGAAAUGGAGGCUGAAAAAGAGCAGCACGAAACGGAGCUAGCAAAUAAAGACUUUGAACUUGAGAAUGAUCGCCGGAUGGUUGCUAAACUUGAAAAAAAGCUCAAGAACGGGCACAAAGAAAUGCCUCAGGGUAACCAUGAUACCGACUCUGGAAAUCAGUGGCCAAACCCUGAUACGGACUUUGACCCCUAUCGAGAGUGCUCCCCUCCUGUUGAUGAUGUCAGCGAAUUUUUCCCCUACUCCACCUUCUACGAACAAAGAUCUUUAACCUCGAGCGAGGUAUCCCCCGCACAACUCCUGAAGAAGGAAGGUGCUAGAGCGGUCCCAGUAACAGCUGUCCCAGUUACGACUGUACCACUUACAAUGCCUCAGGCCUCUAAAAGCGGUUCUUCUCCACCACUGGGUCAUCCAACAUCACCUGAGCCUUUGAGCUGGGUCCAAGUUGUCAAAAGGUCAAAACCAUCGCGUAGCAACACUCUCCCACAAAGCAAUCGUACCAUGCAAACACCACCUACAAAGAGCAGGUCGUUACCACAAAGGCUGCCUAGGAAACAGUACAAGCUGAUGAUCAGAAACACACCGUCGAGAAACAGAGGAGCCACAGACGAGGAGAUACUCAAGUGUUUCAGUCGAUUUGGUCGCAUCUAUCACAUGGACAGGCAAGGCUCAAACACGGCACUGAUAUACGAUAACAUGGAGAGUGUGACGAGAGGGUUGGAGGAAAGUAGACGUAGAAAACUGGUAUGUAGCGGUGUUACACUAAACUGUACUAGGUGAAACUGUUUUGUCAGCACACUGUUUGUAUUAUUUUAUAUUCGAUUAUAUUACCCCCGUUUUUGUGGUCCCCUCUUCUACAGUACGUGUCUUUAAUUUUUUUAUCAUUUUGUAUUAUUUUGUAUUUUAUAUAAUUUAUAAGUUUGUAUCUUUUGUAUCAAUAGCUGUUUGGUAUACACAUAUUGUACAGUCUAGCUAUAAUUAUAAUACAGUUUUUUGGUAUAAUUUAUAUGUGCAGGUCAUAAUUAUAUGUUUGUGUGCUCGA